AUAUUUUUCUCGAGCAGAUCAAUCUUCUUCGGUUAGGGUUCCCUCGCCGAAUCCCUAGAUCUGUAACGGUUUCCAAAAGAGCCAAUGGAGAACGGGAAACGAGACAGAGAAGACAUGGAAGUGCAAGCCGCACCACGGAAGCCACGCGUCCUCCUCGCCGCGAGCGGAAGCGUCGCCGCCAUCAAAUUCGGAAACCUCUGCCAUUGUUUCGCCGAAUGGGCCGAAGUGAGAGCCGUCGUCUCGAAAUCGUCUCUCCACUUCCUCGACAGGCUCUCCCUCCCGCGGGAAGUCACUCUGUACACCGACGAAGACGAGUGGUCAACCUGGAACAAGAUCGGCGAUCCAGUGCUUCACAUCGAGCUCCGACGCUGGGCUGACGUCAUGGUCAUAGCUCCUUUGUCUGCUAACACAUUAGCCAAGAUUGCUGGUGGGCUGUGUGAUAAUCUUCUGACUUGUAUCGUACGAGCUUGGGAUUAUAGCAAACCGGUUUUCGUUGCGCCUGCGAUGAAUACUUUGAUGUGGAACAAUCCUUUCACGGAGAGGCAUCUUUGUUCCCUUGAUGAGCUUGGGAUCACGCUCAUUCCUCCCAUCAAGAAGAGAUUGGCGUGUGGUGACUAUGGUAAUGGUGCAAUGGCUGAGCCUUCUUUGAUUUAUUCCACUGUUAGACUCUUCUGGGAGUCGCAGGUUCGUCAGCAAAGCUGAAACCAUGGUUUCCACUUUGCAUUGGUUGGUUCUGUUUUAAUGCUUGUCUUUGUACAUCUUAUGUCUCUAGAGGACCAUUUUCACUGGCUUCACUCGUGUUACUGUAGGAAUAUUUAAGUUUAUUGUCUCGCUGUUUGGUGUUCUUUCUC